AUGGAGUUGAAGCCGUUAACCGAACUGUCCAAAGUAUUCACGGAUGGAGUAGAGCGCGGAUAUAUUCAUGUCGUCGUACAACACAUUCCAGCUGUUGAUCGACGGUUGGCUUAUCUCAAGAAGAGCGCAGGUACUCCCUCAGCUCCUCGCAGAGCCGCGGACCCUGUUCCAGUUACUCUUCUCGAGCCUAUUUUCGCCAAGUUCGUGGAUAAUUGUCAAAAUCAUCAACCAACUGUCCGUGAUAACGACCUUGUUUGGCAACUUUCGGAAAAGAUGUCCUCCUUCUAUCCCGAUGAGCUCACGCGGAUGAAUGCAUUCCGGCAAGUGCUCCGCGACUGCGGUAUGUUUGGCUCGACAAAAUGUACGACAGACGGACAUCUUUUGUCCCCCAACGGAAAGUUUGUGCAGGUGAUAGUGGAGGGGAAGAACGAGAUCGGAAGCGGCCCUCCCGAACCAUUCGCGGAAGCAAUGUUGUACUACCGCAAGUUUAUCAAAGACUCGAAGGUUGAGAUAGCGAGGCUCCGGUCUGUCAUUCCAUGCAUCCAUAUCACUGUCUUCGGGGCAUGCAUUGGCUUUGCAGGCUCUGUUUUCACAGAAAAGGUUCAGUCUGAUGUCCUAGUCCCUAUCAUUCCUCUUUUUUGGCAUUCAACAGACCUCCGUAUGCAAGUGAUGGCGGCUCGUACUUUUGGGGCUCUCAAAAUCGCCAUCGAGGAACUCACAAAACUGUACUCCCAUCCAAUUCCGUCCCUCAAACCUAAAGAUCCAUCUCUAGGAUGUCCUUAUCCUCGGAGUUAUAUCAAUUCAACUGGUCACAUUCAGGAAUUCUCGUACGAUGAUACUCAGAUCCCAAGGGAUCGACUUAUCUUCUUCGGGGAAACCGUCGGCGAUGCGGCUGGGAGCAAGAUAUGUAUCAAGUUCGUCAGGCAAUAUUCCCCUGAGGCCCACGAAUUCUGUGCCAGCAAGGGGCACGCUCCCAAACUUAUCGCCUACAAUCCUUUACCCGGCGGCUGGAAUAUGGUGAUUAUGGAUGCCCUUGAUAUCGAUAACGAUUGCUUCUCGCAACGGCCUGGCUCAUAUCGACGGCUCAGUGAGAUAGCUGUUUUGGAUCGCCAGCCGCUGAAGGAGGCCAUCACCUCUCUCAUCCGGGAGCUACACGAUUACAAUGACGGCUACGUCCAUGGCGACCUUCGGGAUGCCAAUUUCGUUGUGGGAGACAACAAACACUUCAUGCUGCUCGAUUUCGAUUGGGCUGGACCGAUCCAGAAGACCCAUUAUCCUAUGCAUGUUAAUCGGAAGGAUAUUCGACGUCCUGAUGGUGCGCGGGAUGGGGAGAAGAUUGUGGCGGAGCAUGACUUGGAUAUGCUAAAUUAUAUAUUUCAUCCUGAGCAAGAUGUUCGGGAACCGGCUGCAAAGCGCCGCCGUAUAUCUGGUGAAGAGUCGCCAAGGCCAUUUGAUUCAUUCAUAAUUCAUUGUAUCACCAUUCAUUGUAUCACCAGAAGUCCGAUUUGCCUAAUACCAGUCUGUUUUGUUUUUCAUAAAGCUAUCAUACAGUGA